GCCUAUGAAGAGCAGAAGAAACGUGAGGGAGAAAUAACACGGAGAGAGAAACAGACGGAGCGGCACAAAGGAGAGAGGAGAGUGUUGUGCGAGAGGGCGAUAUAGAGGGAGAUGAGAGGAGAUGCAGGCAGUGGCCUAGAUGUGCGAAUAGCCAAGAGUUGCUCUUUCUGGUUCACUGGAUGGAGGCUGCUCCCGCGCAGGGAGGACUAUAGAAAAUAUGGGGAUGUUUUACGCGGUUUGUUGAAGUCUACACAGUGAACCGUUACUUUUUUUCAGUACGUUUGUUCGUUCAUUCGUGUUCUGUAUUUUUAUGUAGCCUACAUUGUGUGUUUUGGGGAGAAAUGGGUCAAUAAUUUGGAAGCGCCCAUGCAGUAGCGCACAGUCCCACACACUGCCGCGCGUUAUGGCUCUCUCUGUCAAACAUGGUAUGAAAAUGCACUGAGCCUUUUACAUUUACACACGGCAAAUAUAUAGUUCACGCCGCUUCCUUCGCUCCCCCUAUGUGAUGGCGAUGGAAGUGGAAGCUGACAGCGGCAGAGGUAUAUCAAGGAGCGCUCAUGAGAAAUGCCCGCGGGCUGUGGAGCGCAACGGCUAUGUGAAAACAUGUGUCACCCCUCUGUAUCAGGACGCAGGCUGCCAGUCUUGGCUGAGACUCGCAGAAAUAUGGAGUUCCCGGAGACUGUCGUCCGCAGUGUGUGUGGGCUCUGUAUCGGUUAUUCUCGCUUUGCUGGUCAGAUUGGUUGACUGGGACGUGGAGCAGCAGAGUUGCGGUAGUAACAGCGAGAAUAACGGCGAGUCUGGAUCUCUAGUUCAUUUCGUGGCGAGCUGUGUGGUGGAACUGUUGUUGAACAUAUGGUACCUGGUGUCCCCUGUCUUCACUCUCGUAUGUGCCUUCUUUUGGGUUGGCUUGUACCUGAUCCGUUGCGGGGUGCUGAUCCGGACCGCCGUGUUUCUGUUGGCAGUGUGUCACUUGGGCGAAGCCGCGGCGCAGUCUCUCCUGCACGGUGCGGAGGACCAGUUGCUGUCGUUUACCGCCACCGUGGUGGUUCUGUCCUGUCUAGCCAGCGGGGCGCUGAUGGUGGUCAGGCUCGGACAGGGGGUUUCCGUCAUCGUCUUCAUCAGCAUCAUCAGGACUGUGUCUCUCAUCUCCCUCAACAAGGUCCGGGCCAGCUGGAGACCCUACCUGGCGUACCUGGUAGGAGUGCUGGGGGUCCUGCUAGCGAGGUAUGCUGACCGGCUCCUGACAGGCUCAGGGCCACUCGGGGCGGGUUGUUGCUACGUGACAGCGGGGAAGGAAGAUAAUAUCAUUCCCGUGUUUAAAAGGCGACGGAGGUCCAGUUCGGUGGUCUCUUCAGAGAUGGCGCACAGUCACAGCAACAGCAAGUCCCACCGAAGGACCUCGCUCCCAUGCAUUCCACGGGAACAGUCGUCGGGCACCAGUGUGUUGGUGGACAUAGCGGUGAUGGGGGAAGCCCAUGGAUUGAUCUCAGACCUGCUGGCGGACCCCUCUCUGCCCCCCAACACCUGCAGUUCCCUGCGGGCUGUCAGUAACCUGCUCAGUACCCAGAUCAGUUUGCAGCCGCUGCACCGGCCUCGAAUCAGCCCUCUGCAGGCACUCAGCGACACACACACCUGCUCCGACUCCGAAGACUGGCCAGAGAGAGAGAAACUGGCCAUCCCAAAGCGUCUGAGACGGAGCCUGCCUCCAGGCCUGCUGAGAAGGAUCUCCUCUACAUGGACCACCACCACCUCAGCUACAGGUCUUCCCACCAUAGAACCAGGACCUGUACGCAGAGACCGCUCUGCCAGCAUCAAACCCCUCCACGACAGUCCACCAUGCAGCAUGGGGAACAGUGAGUCGUGGAACAGCUCUGUAAUGCUCACCAUCUCGAAGAGUCGCUCCAUGUCUGCCUCCUACUCUGCUUCAGCCACCUCCAACCACCUCUACAACAGACGCAUGACCAGACCAGGUUACCCCUCUUCCAACAUAUCACCUCUGGCCUCUCCCUGCCACUCCCCUCCAGUCCAAGGGACCCCUGUCUCCAGCCCCACCACCAAGUCCUGCUCUGUGGACCUACCAGAGCCUGUGGACAGCAAGGGAGAGAGGCCUGUGGGCCCCCAGACCCCACACAGAGCCUUAACACACAGCAUCAGUGCACCUAGCUCCACCACACCACACUGGGGGCCACCAUCUUUCUGCAGCAGCUGUGGCAGACCGUACAGCAGGCUGAGCCAUGGGGAGGUGUCUAUGGACAAAGGGGACAGAAUACCUCACCCUGAUGACCCGGCAGUGGCAUCGUCAGACUAUGAGAGCACCUACGAGGCCAACCACAGUGACAGCAGUGACUUUGCACAGAACGAGGACGACGGGGAGGGGGCCAAGAAGCCCUCGGACACCCAGGACGGGUGUCGGUCGUACCAGCCUGAGGGCAUCGUCCUGCACCCCCUACUGCCACCUCCGGAGGACACACAGCCCAUCCUGGCCCCAGAGCCUCUGGUAAUGCCAGAGCUGGAUCCUUUGAUGACUCAACUCAACAACUGGAACUUCCCCAUCUUCAACCUGGUGGAGAAAACACACGGCCGCUCAGGAUGCAUCCUCAGCCAGGUUUCCUACCGCCUGUUUGAGGACACGGGACUAUUUGAGACGUUCAAGAUCCCUGUCAGGGAGUUCAUGAACUAUUUCCAUGCUCUGGAGAACGGAUACAGGGACAUCCCAUACCACAACAGGAUCCAUGCCACUGAUGUGCUCCAUGCCGUGUGGUACCUCACCACCCAGGCCGUGCCAGGCCUGCCCAACCUCCUCACAGACCACAGCUCAGACUCUGACUCGGACAGUGGGCUCCUCAACCCCAGCCAUCCCAGCCAUAUAGGCCAUACAGGGUUCCUGGUCUCUAAGAUGUCUGCGGUGAUGGAGGAGGGUUAUGGAUGUCUGUCUGGCCUCAUCCCAUCCCUGGAGCUCAUGGCUCUGUAUGUGGCUGCAGCCAUGCACGACUACGACCACCCUGGACGGACCAACGCCUUCCUCGUGGCGACUAGCGCUCCUCAGGCCGUGCUAUAUAACGACCGCUCAGUGUUAGAGAACCACCACGCUGCGUCGGCCUGGAACCUGUUCAUGUCCCGGCCAGAGUACAACUUCCUGGGCAACCUGGAGCAUGUGGAGUUCAAACGCUUCCGCUUCCUGGUCAUCGAGGCCAUCCUCGCCACCGACCUCAAGAAACACUUUGACUUCCUGGCAGAGUUCAACGCCAAGGUGGGUGAUGAUGGCUGCUCGGGCAUCGACUGGUCCAAUGAGAACGACCGGUUGCUGGUGUGUCAGAUGUGCAUCAAACUGGCGGACAUCAACGGCCCACUGAAACACAAGGACCUGCAUCUACAGUGGACCGAGGGCAUCGUCAAUGAGUUCUAUGAACAGGGCGAUGAGGAGUCGAGUCUGGGCCUUCCCAUCAGCCCCUUCAUGGACCGCUCUGCGCCACAGCUCGCCAAACUCCAGGAGUCCUUCAUCACGCACAUCGUGGGUCCGCUCUGUUCCUCCUACGACUCCGCCGCCCUCAUGCCGGGGAACUGGGUUGACCCUGCCGACGCACGGAGGAAGGAGGGCGAGGAAGAAGAGGAGGUGGGGGAACGAGAGACAGAGGAGGAAGAGGAGGAUACAGCAGAGGAGGAUGAGUCGACUAGCUCUGAGAGUUCCCAGAAGCACGUGGUGAAGCUUACGGAGAGCAGGAGGAGAGUGUUCUGUCCCAUCACUCAGCACCUUCUGGACAACCACGAAAUGUGGAAGAGAGUCAUUGCCUCCGAAACCCAGGACACGCCGGACAGAGAGGCGCCUAACUGCCUCAGCAACCCCGCCGAGCCAAUCACAGCCAUCCACGAGGAGGAGGAGGAGCCAGCCAGCAAGGAGGAGCCAAUAGAUGGCCAGGGAGAGGAGACGGAAGGGGAAGAGACGGGGCUUGCAGAGGAAGUGGUCGAGCAAUCAGAGACUGCGGAGAAAAAGGAGGAGGAGCUGGAGUGAGAGGAUUAUCUUUGACGCUUGAAGAUCAGGAAAUGGAACAUUUAUCCAAACUCAUACCCUCUCCCAACUAGACUUUCUGACUCAUGUCAGAAAUGAUACCCUAUUCCCCAUGUAGUGCACUAGCUGGCCAAAAAUAGUGCACUAUACAGGAAUUGGGCUGUUGUUUGAGACGCAGCCCCUGAUAUUUGGUUGCCAGCAAAUCACUUAGACACAACACUGUAGAAGUUUGGAGUAACAUGUGCCUAAAGAA